CAGCUACUCAAUUUCACAUACACGUCUGCUGCGUAUGCAACGAUUUGUUUAGCUGGAUCAACCUUACUGCGAUAAAUCCUUACCAGGAAGCAGAGAAACCAACCGAAAAAGUACCAUUCAAGAUCAGCAUAUUCUACCGGAUAUCGGACAUCGUCUUCCAAUCAUUACCAUAAUGUACGAAUCAACAAUAAGCUUUACGCUCGAUAUGAUUUGUCCCUGGUCAGUCAUUUUCAUCCGUCCUUGCCUAAGUCGUCCCUGACAUGAUGCUUCUAGGACUUAUCUAGCUAAGAAGAGGUUCGCAUUAUUUGAACUUAUAUACAUAAUAGAGAAAGCUGAUCGUAGAACUCUAUUUUUAGACUCGAUGAAGGUAAGAGUACCACAUUCCUGCCUUUGCGUUCCACACAUUCCAGAUGAUAGAGCGGUGGUUGGGUCACGUGAUUUGCUUUACGUCCCCCUUUUCAACUAGUUUUAUCCUAUCCUGUUGAAAAAGAGAUGCUCUGAGUUCUAUUCAGGAAGUUUUGGAUUUUUCUUCAAUGCAUUGUUCUCGUUUCCUUACCGAGCCUACUCGGAACAAACGCAACUCAUGAGAAGACCAUAUACAACCUUUGACUAACAACCUCAGCCCUCCGAAUCGUCCGCUCCACCGAUGCCACUUCAAAAGUAACCUUCAAGAUCCACUUCAAUCCGUACCAACACUACCCCUCCGCCAGCCAAGAAGGCGAAGACAAAUACACCUGGCUCAAAAAAUCCCGCUAUGGCGACUCGGAGGAAAGAUUGCAAAUGUACAUCACCCUCAUGAGCGCCUACGGCGCCUCAGCAGGUAUAGACUACAAGUUCACCGGCACGAUCGCGAACUUCCUCCAUGCCCAUCGUGUGAUCCAGUAUUUUCAAGAGAAGGAUGGUCCUGAGGUGGCGGAUAAGUUGGUGAUGGGGCUUUACAGAAGGUUCUUUGAGGAGGAAAAACAUCCGGCGAGUAGGGAGACACUGCUUGAGGCUUGUAAGGAGGCAGGUAUUGAGAUGGGGGAGGCGGAGAGGGUGGUUGGUGAUGAGGAGGUGGGGUUAAGGGAGGUGAGGGCGAGGAUUAGGGAGCAGGUGGCGGAUGGGGUUGAUUCUGUGCCGGUGGUUGUAAUUGAGGGGAAGAGGAGGGAUCUUACUCUCACAGGUGCGAAGGAAGUUGGUGAUUAUGUCAAGGCACUUGAGAUGAUUGUUAAGGAAAGCAACUAA